UGUCUUCAGCACCACGGCGAGCGUGGACAUUGAGCUUCACACUUCAGUUCGCGCGAGUGUGUGUGAAGAUUCAACCGGUGGCUUUUGUUUUCUGACUCCAUUUGCGUAGCGACUGGGCUUCACGUCAAGCGAGAACUUCACCGUGUCGAGUGAAUUCUGAAAGGGAAUAAUAAUACUAAAAAAAACACUUUCCACGUUAAAAAGAGCUCGGUUUGUCCGCGAGAGUGGGAUGCCGUCCGUGAGAUGAUGUUUCUCUGUGAGGGGAUUGCGCUUUAGAAGCUCCACAAUCCAGAAGGAUGCUGGUGGGAAAUGCCUGUCGACAGAGAGGACGAGAUUUGUCAAAAAGCACUAGAACUCUUAUCGGAUCUUUGUUCUAAAGGGGAGGUUCAGAACGAAAACUGUUUGGAUUUCAUUUAUUAUUUUCGAGACCUUGCCAGGCCGAGGUAUUCGGACUCAGACAUAUCCAUUAGCCUGCUGUCAUUGGUGGUGACCGCUUGUGGCUUGGCCCUGUUUGGCGUCUCUCUCUUUGUUUCAUGGAAAUUAUGCUGGAUUCCAUGGCGCGAGCGAAGCCUCUCUCCAAGCACCAAGGAGGGACAUCCAGACCCUCCUUAUCCUCCUCCUCCACCCCUUCAACCCCAGCGUCCAGAGGUGGACGCCACCCUCGACCGCCGGAAUAAUGCCCGAUGUUCAGUGGUAAAAGAGACAACAGUGCCGCCCACUCCAGUCUCUCCGGCGGUUCCAGGAUCUCCUCCUGCAGUGCCAGUGCCUGAGGCAGCCCUCAAAAUAAGCCACACUUCACCUGAUAUUCCGCUGGAGGUGGAGUCUAAGACUCAAGAAAAUGGUGUCCAUGGCAACACACGCAUGCAGAGGCAAAUCACGGAUCCCUCCUCAACCUGUGUCAGGCAAAGUUCAAUUCGGCGUCAGAUGAACCAGUCUAACCCUGACUUCACAGUAACCCAGUUCCAGAGGCAGGACUCUCUGACUGGAAUGAGUCUGGGCCAGCUAAAACCAGAACUCUACAAACAACGAUCCCUAGAUGGCGAGGACAACCGAAGCAGUCAUGUGGGCAGCUGUGGACGCCUCCAUUUUAUUCUUAAAUAUGACUGUGACCUGGAGCAGCUCAUUGUCAAGAUCCACAGAGCCCAAGACCUCCCUGCCAAGGACUUCUCCGGAACCUCUGACCCAUAUGUAAAAAUCUACCUUCUCCCAGACCGCAAAACCAAGCACCAGACCAAGGUGCAUCGUAAGACUUUAAACCCUGUGUUUGAUGAGGUCUUCCUCUUUCCUGUGGCAUAUGCGGACCUGCCCACAAGGAAGCUGCACUUCAGUGUCUACGAUUUUGAUCGGUUUUCACGCCACGAUAUUAUUGGCCAGGUGGUGGUUGACAACUUUCUGGAUCUAGUGGACUUUCCCAGGGAGACCAAACUCAGCAGGGACAUCCAGUAUGUGUCUUCGGUGCGUAUAUUUUUAUUCUUCUGUUGAAAGGUAUAUUUUAAGAGAUAAUGAUAGACUUGGACACA